AUGAUCACAGCCAGUCGGACGCCAGUGGCGUUGAUCAUCACCGCCAUCUGCUGCAUAAUAGCUCUUUUACCUGCUGAUACCUCGGCCAACGACAACUUACGGGUGGCCUAUCAAUGGAAAGAAAUCGAUUUCGAAUUUCCAAGUGCAGCCGAACGACAGGAAGCGAUCGCUUCGAAACGUUACAUCCCAGAAAAUGUAAUACCGGUCGGGCUGGAGGUCUACAAGAAGCGACUAUUUUUGACACUGCCUCGAUGGAAGGAAGGCAUUCCGGCGUCCUUAGGAUACAUCAAUCUCAACGAAACCACCACCCAAUCGCCCCGUCUACAUCCCUAUCCUAGUUGGAGCGCUCACAAACGCUCCAGCAGUGAGGCGGAAGCCCCAGAAAUCGUGUCUCCAUUUCGGAUACGAGCUGAUCGCUGCGGACGUUUGUGGGUGCUGGACACCGGAGUUGAGGAGCUUCUAGGCAAUGCCACCGUUACCAGCCCAACGUCGCUCCUAGUCUACGACCUGCACAACGAUAAUCUGCUGCGACGGUACAAAUUCCCCGCCGAUCACCUGAAAGAGAACUCAUUCUACGCCAACAUUGCUGUAGAAGAUACCGAUUGCGAUGACACAUUUGCAUACGCGGCCGAUCUCGGUAGUCCGGGGCUGGUGGUUUACUCUUGGAAACAGCAAGAGUCUUGGCGUGUGAAGCAUCACUUCUUUCAUCCGGAUCCGCUCGCCGGCAACUAUAACAUUACCGGCAUUAACUUCCAGUGGGACGACGGACUCUUCGGCAUUGCGCUCAAGCCACAAUCCGACGGCUAUGCUACACUUUAUUUCCACCCGUUAAGCUCCCUGAAUGAAUUUUCCGUGUCAACCAAAGUGCUGCGCAACCAAACGUUUGCUACCGAUCCGAGCAACUACCACGAGUUUAAGAUACUGGGAUCGCGCGGUCCAAACGGUCAGGCUGGUGUGGCGUUCGUCGAUCAGAAGACGGGCGUCAUUUUUUACGCGCUGCCAAACUUAAAUGCCAUCACGUGCUGGAAAACGUCCAACCGAGCAUACACGAUCAAAUCGCUCGGGCGGGUGUACAUGAGCACCGUCGAUAUGGUGUUCCCCAACGAUGUCAAGGUGGACGACGAAAGUAAUCUCUGGGUACUUUCGGAUCGGAUGCACCAGUACAUGUACGAGUCACUCAAUCGAAACGAUAUCAACUUCCGUGUUCUAACGGCCACGGUGAAGGACGCGAUACAAAAUACAGCUUGUGAUACCAACAUUAAGCCGCUGCCUGACAUUAUUACCAAUCUGGGCGACAUUUUACGGCCCUCGACGAGCACUUUAGCGCCCAAAGUUGGUUCCACCGGUGUCAGUGUGUUACACUUUACGACCAGCACGAUGGCACUAUUUUCGAUGAUUAUUGUGCUACUGUUAUCGAACUACUGCUUCAGGAUAUAGGCAACCCCACGUUGUAGCCCGUAGCAUUCCAUUGUUAUUCUCUCUGUUUGCUGAGCAACCAGAAUCAGGGAUCCGUGUUAGGUAUUGCAGCGACGAAACGGUUGUGUACUUUGUAUUUCGUCCAUUUAAGAAAUAACAGUAUCGUGCACUCGUGUUACUUGUUUACCU